AUGGCCAAUGCGGAAUCCCAUCCAAUGACCUCCCUCCUCUCCCCGUGCGUAGUGCCCCCAUGUGAUCUCAUCAUCCAAUCCCAUCCCGUCUACAAGAGUGGGGCUUCGAGGCGAGAGGAGGGAAAAGGAACAAGUCCACUGUCCUGGACGGAAAGGACCAUGCAACGACGCUACGCCGCAACGCCCAGCCCAGCCCCAAGCUCAGGCAAGGCCCAGCUGUCAGGGGCUGCCACCCAUCACUUUCUCCAGCUUUUCGACUUUCGCUCCCGUCCUCUAUUACCUUACUCUAUCUGUACGGAUACACUACGGAAAGCAUCAGUACCCAAACUCAAAAAUCCAUCCGUACGAAAGCAUGAGCACAGCCUGAGAGGCUACAUACGCAUACACGCAUACACGCAUACAGAUACUCCGUACAAGGACGCAAACAUACCUACCCUCCCGGCGAUCCGUGUGUGGGGAUACACCAUCACAAGUUCACAACACGUUCGGCAAUGGCAGACGCACUACUCGGCCCUCCGAGCCUUUCCCAGGUUCUCAAUGGGCGCAACACAGAGGGAAAAGUGGAGGUGUAACUGA